AUGCAAUCUCCUGGUACGCCCUACAAGCGCCGGCCAGUGUCUGUGACUCCGGUCAGUAGCCCGAAGCGGCCGAAGCUCGAAAGAGCAACGUCCGCCAGCCCGUUCCAAACAAUGACGCAGACACUGGCACGCACUGCGAGCAUACUCUACGCAGGCUCAACAGAGGUUACAAGAGAUCCCUUGCAAGAGUGCCAGACAGCACUUGCCAACGAUAUCCAAUCUCUGAGGUGGGACGAUUCACGGGAAACUGCCGCAAACCAGAGAGGUUUCGAGAUGUUGCAGUUUUUACGAGAACUCAAGGCCGAGGUCGAGACUCUCAAGCACAAUGUCAAGACUCUCGAAGGCAAAAACAAGACUCUCGAGGGCAAUGUCAAGACUCUCGAAGGCAAAAACAAGACUCUCGAGGGUCACAAGUCUCAGUCCGACGCCCGAAUUCAGGCUUUGGAGGCCCAAACAAAGGCUCUCGGCGAACAUGAUACUAUACGAGCUGCAGAAACCAAGAUCUGCAGAGACGUUCGCUUGCGAACAAUACUAUCCUAUUGCCGCCCACGCCUGAACAAGGUGGAGAAGACUCCGGUAGAACAGGAGAUAUGCGACAUGGUAACCGACCAAACGAAGGUACAUGCAGGUAAUGUGCUUGGGGAUGCCUCAGCGCUCCUUGAGAACUUUCCAGACCCAGCCGACGAGUUUCAACACACUGCAUACCGCAGCUUUCAAAAGUUGUAUGGGACAACCCCGCAACGUAUUCGGGCAGCCGAUCUCGCCCGUAUCCCGGAGUCGAUUCGAACCCUUGAUACAAUUGCGACACACAUGUACGCGCGGAAGGGUCGUCAUCGACUUACGGAAGAAGCGUUCCAGAGUCGCCAAGCCCUGAUACAACUCCUAGACAGUCGCGAGUACGAGAGCGCCGAGGCAUUCUGCUUGGAGAAUCGCCUGUUCUUCGCGCCACGGGAGAAAAAUCAGGAGUCAAAGCUGCUGGAGGGGGUUUCGGAAGAUGAGCCGGACGAUUGGACGUAUUAG